AUCCCUUCCCUACUUGUGGGAUAUUAUUACUCAAUUUUCUAUUCUAUCAUUUGUUUGACAGCUUAAACUAGGCUCCAUUUUAGAUAGGUUUUCGGUCUUAAUCAAGAUAGGUCAGGGGCGCGUCGGAACGUGGCUGCUUAGUCUCAUCCGAGAGUCUAAUCUCUUUGUACUGCUUUUUUUCAAAGAAAAAAAGAAAGAAGGGGGUCGAUUUAGGCUCCUUCCCUUCCACUGCAUAGCUACGCUACCUGGUACUACGAGCCCUCUGUCCCACACAUCUAUCCAGCUCGCGUGGUUCACCGGUUCCACCGAAAACUCUCAUUUGUUGAAGCGGAGCAUAGUGCGCUUUAGGCGCCGAGCGAGAAACGUCUCUUCUUUCGUUUCGGUUUAUUCACUGAUCUGAAACUUAGCACUUUUUUUCUUAUUGAUUCCAGGGGCGGCGGCGUUCUUGAAUGAAGUCUAUCCGAACCGAAUUAGCACUUCUCAGAUAAGGCUAGGCCUCUCCAGCUGAGCUAGGCGCCGGGGUCCUGGAUGCGCUAGCGAUCGGCGCAUAGGGGGGUGGUUGCCCGGGUUUCUCGGCCUGGUACCCUGCACCUUGCGUUCAUGAUAUCUACAUUCAACUGUGCCCCGGAAACACGGUCGAAGCACUCCCGUCCAGUGUGCUUCUUUCACGACAUGCUCUGGUUCCGGAUGUUUUCCAGUGGUCUUCUAGCGUUAGAAGAAGUCGUGUCCGUCCCGGACAUCUGCAACGUCCUCCCACGCUUUUUCUAUUUUAAAUAAAGGACAAACUGAAGGAAAAGACUGACCCAUUCGGUGACUUUCGCGGUCGCCCUCACUGAACCGACUUGAAUCUGAACUACGAUUCAGAUCAAGUCUUACCGAAAUCGGAUUUCCUUUUCGUGCCAUAUGCGCUUAGACUUUACUAUUCCCUUUUUUCUUCCCGAUUCAAUAUUAGUUCUCGAAAGUCUUCGUUUCCAAUGGUAUGCAAUUUCUUAUUUGAGAAUUUUUAUAAAGUAUCUCGUAUCUAGUUGCAGGGGGGCGUGGCCAAGAAGCAGCCAGCUGACUGCCCCCUUCCACUCGGCCUUUCUUCGCUGUGUGAAGAAGGUCUUAGUAUGUAUGGGCAUUCUGGGCGGGUCGCAAUAAGUCGCUGGUCGAAGGUUUGGACCAAUCGCAAUUCAUCACCAUUUUGCCUGCUUCUAAUUGAUGACUGGCUAUUAUAUAAGUGUUG